AUGACCUUUAUAACCGAGAACCUCGCGCAGUGUUUACGGCUGAAGAGAAUUCGAAUGCCAACUUCGGUUUCGGCCGUCGGGUGUGUAAAUGCCGGGACGUAUCGAUAUGCCGCGCGAAUAACGAUCUCGCCGAAAGGUAAACAGACUCCGGCAUUCUCGACGACCGCAUUAAUUUUAAAAUCGCUCACGGCAUACGCGCCAAAACGUUUGCCGCUCAAGGCGACGUUGGCUCAUCUCGAGGAUCUCCCAUGGGCUGACCACGACCCCAUGAGCGCAGAUCCCAUUAGCAUUAUAGUGGGCGCGGAAUUGUAUAGCGCUCUCAUUAAAGACGGAAUUCGAAAAGGGGCGGUGGGACAGCCUAUCGCUCAAAAUUCGAUAUUGGGAUGGGUAAUAUCGGGACCUAUCACUUCUAGUCAGGUGGCCUCACAUGCCAUCUCGGUUGACUCGUCACACGAUCGACCUUCGUAUACUGUGAAUGCUCAUCACAGUCUCAAUUCCUUGUCGCUCGAUCAGGAACUCCGACGGUUUUGGGAGGUCGAAGAGAUUCCGCGAAAGAUGACUCUCACUCCCGAGGACGAAAAAUGCGAAGAGCAUUUUCGCCUCACUCAUUCGCGCUGUCCUGACGGACGCUAUAUUGUACGUCUUCCAUUUAAGGAAGGCCCUCCGAUCGAAAUCGGACAUUCUCGCGCUAUCGCCGAGAAAUACCUUAACGGGUUAAUUCGGAGAUUCGAUGCUCAUCCUGCGCAACGGGACGAGUAUUCCGAAUUUCUUCGCGAAUAUGAAGCUCUCGGGCACAUGAGGGAAGUACCCGCUUCCGACUCCAAUGAUACGCAAUGCGUUUUCAUUCCGCAUCACCCCGUUAUCCGGGAAGACAGUAAAACUACGCAUCUGCGUGUCGUUUUCAACGCGUCAUGUCCCUCUUCUAACGGAUCAUCAUUGAAUGAUCAUCUUCUCUCGGGUCCUAAACUUCAACCCGAUUUGCCAGUUGUCAUUCUCCAGUGGCGGCAACAUCGAUUUGUGUAUACGGCUGAUGCUACCAAAAUGUAUCGGCAAAUUCUCGUGGACCCGCGCGACGUGACAUAUCAAAGGAUUCUUUGGCGGAAGAAUCCCAGCGAACCUCUGCGUGAAUAUAUGCUGCUUACCGUAACGUACGGUACCGCAGCUGCUCCGUUCUUAGCACUUCGUGUCCUUGAGCAGUUAGUUAUCGAUGAAGGACAAGCUUUCCCGUUGGCCGUCAUCAUCCUUCGCAAGAAAAAAUAUAUCGAUGAGGUUCUUUUCGGCGCACACACACGCGGUUGCCUCCGUCAAGCUCGCACUCAACUCAUCGCACUCUUAAAAAAGGGCGGCUUUGAACUGCGAAAAUGGGCGAGCAACGACUCGGAGCUUUUAUCGGAUAUCGAUCCGGCCAAUCACGGUCUCGCAUGCAAUAAAAUUUUGCAAACUGAUGAACAUUUAAAGAUUCUCGGAAUUAGCUGGAAUCCCGCGCGAGAUGUGUUCCAGUAUCGGGUCGCGAUCGAAGCUCACAUCCCGAAAACGAAACGAACAAUUCUCUCAAUGAUCGCGAAGUUGUUUGACCCGCUCGGAUGGGUCACCCCCGUCAUAAUUACCGCGAAAGUUUUUAUGCAACGAUUAUGGCGUCUCAAGCUCGAUUGGGACGACGAACUUCCUCCCGACGUGUUCCGCGAUUGGCAGCUUAUCUACACGAAUGUAUCCGCGCUUAAUGAAGUGCAGCUUCCGCGUUGGACAGGGCAGGAAUCUGAUUCCGUUCGUU